UAAGAAUCUCACGAAAGAUUGAAUUUUCAAAGAACCAUAUAAAGUCACUCGGAGGCUGGUUUACCUUCGCUGUCUAUACCCUGCACUAACCAGAACUCAAAAGUCUCUCCGCUUUUAUCAGCCUCACUAAACCCUACAUAGCAAAAAAAAUAUUUCGAGGCCAUUUAUUGAAAUGAAACUGUAAUCCGAGUUUCAUCGAUACAAGCAUGUUAAUUGCUUCAAGAUGCUGUAAGCACAUCUUGCAAUUCAAACCCAAGAUAAAUUUAUGGGCCGCCAUUGAUUCUAACUCCGCUUCAAUACUCCGCACUUUUCGAGAUGUCGGACAACUUCGCUAUAAAAAUAAUUGUAUGACAUACAUACCAGUUGGGUUCCCUUUGAUUUCGCCAUUUUUUUGGAGUGUAAGUAGAUUUAUUGGCAACUACAAGUCAUUUGUCACCCGGGCCUCUGCAGAUGAAGAUGAGGUAACAGAGGAAGCCUUGAAUCAAAUUCUUGCAACUAUUGAAAAUGAUCCAAAGUCUGCAAGGGAUAUUUGUGCAGCGUACAUUGAUAAGCUAUGCAGAGCUGGAAAUCCUUAUGCAGCUUUUAGAUUAUUGCAAUCCUUGCGAGACAAAAACAUGUUCUUUUCGAAUGGUUGUGAACGCCUUCUUGUUGCUGCAGCUGAGAGAAAUGAUAUUGAACUGUCGACUCAGGUUUUCAUGGAUUUAUUGAGGUCAUGUAGAUCCUUGAGUUCAGCUUGUUAUUUUUAUUUUGCUAGGGCUUUUUCAAAGACGGAUGAUUCUAUUCAGCUGGUGAAAUUUGUUGAAGAAGUAUCAGAGCUGACCUUUUCUGAAGGUACGAUAGUUAUGAACAAAAUCAUCCAUGCCUUUGCUGAAUGCAGACAGAUAGAAAAGGCACUCUUGAUAUUUGAUCAGAUUAAAGUUCUGAAAUAUAAGCCAGAUUUGAUCACAUAUAAUAUAGUUUUGGAUAUCUUGGGUCGUGUUGGCCGUGUGAAUGAAAUGCUUCAUAUGUUUGCAUCAAUUAAGGAAGCUGGCAUUCUUCCAGAUUUUAUUUCUUAUAAUACAUUGUUGAAAAAUUUGAGAAAGGUUGGACGAUUGGAUUUAUGCUUAGCCUAUUUUAGGGAGAUGGGUGAGAGUGGUAUUAGACCAGAUUUGCUUACAUAUACUGCAUUGAUUGAUGCCUUUGGUCGAUCAGCUAACAUUGAGGAAUCAUUGAGACUGUUCAAUGAUAUGAAGCAACGGCAGAUCCGUCCAUCAGUAUAUAUAUACAGAUCCCUAAUCGAUAGUUUGAAGAAGAUGGGGAAAGUUGAUCUGGCAAUGACUCUUUUAGAGGAGAUGAACUCAUCUCAAACCGUUUUGGCAGGUCCAAAGGAUUUCAAACGAAAAGCCAGGUGAUUAAGAUACAAAAAUUCCUGAUACUCUGAGGGACUCUGAGUUCUGAACUUAGCUCCAGCUAUUUUAUGUCAUGGAAGACCCCUUAAUGUGUGCUGCAAUUGAUAUUGGUGUGUGUUUUCUUCUACUAACUUUUUUCUUUUCAUGACUUCUGUCACUCUUAGAAUGAAUUAAGUAGGCAUCAAUAUUACUCUGACUUGCUGCUAUAUAACCUUAAAGCAUCCUCUUAAUAAUGGAAUAUGUUACAUUUUUAAGUCUUAUCAUACAAACUUGUAUUUGUAUUAUAUUAUCCAGUGUUCAUACUGUCAAAUUAGCAAAUUUGGGUGAA